GUUUAUAGUUAAGCUGAUGAAGUGCUGAACUAGAGUUUACUGUUGGAAGAUUUAAAUAUUUACUCAUAAAUCGAAGUUUUAGUCUCUUAAUAAAUUGUCACGCUUCGUAUCAAAGUGGAAAAAUUGAUGAUGGUUUCCGGCGGAAGCGUAUUGAAGUACUCAUCGGACAGUGUGGUAAUUAAGUCUGCAAACGACCGCCGACUCUACAGGGUAAUCCAGCUCUCCAAUGGUCUCGUCGCUUUGUUGGUUCACGAUCCCCAGAUUUACCCCGACGGACUUCCUCAACCUUCUCAUUUGCCAGAUAAGACUGAGCCUGAAGCUGAAGAUGAAGAUGAAGAUGAAAGUGAAGAUGAGGAUGGAGAUGGGGAUGAAGAUGAGGAUGACGAAGAAGAAGACGAAGACGAAGACGAAGCCGACGCCGACAAUGAGAAAGAGAAGACUGCUCAGACUAAAAAGGCAGCGGCAGCAAUGUGUGUAGGAUUUGGCAGCUUCUCUGACCCUUCUGAGGCGCAGGGUCUUGCUCAUUUUCUAGAACACAUGCUAUUCAUGGGUAGUACUGAAUUUCCCGAUGAAAACGAGUAUGAUAAUUACUUAUCCAAACACGGAGGCUCAUCAAAUGCAUAUACUGAAGCUGAGCAUACAUGCUACCAUUUUGAAGUUGAAAGAGAAUUUCUCAAGGGUGCUAUGAGAAGAUUCUCCCAAUUUUUUAUUUCACCCCUUGUGAAACUUGAAGCGAUGGAGCGAGAGGUGCUUGCUGUGGAUUCUGAAUUUAACCAGGUUUUGCAGAAUGAUAGUUGCCGCCUUCAGCAACUUCAGUGCCAUACAUCUGAAGAUGGUCACCCUUUUAAUAGAUUCUCUUGGGGAAACAAGAAGAGCCUGAUUGAUGCUGUUGAGAAAGGGAUUGAUCUACGCAAGCAAAUACUAGAACUGUAUAAUGAUUAUUACCAUGGCGGACUGAUGAAGUUAGUGGUAAUUGGUGGUGAGCCUUUGGAUGUACUUCAGCAAUGGGUUGUUGAAUUAUUUUCUGACGUCAGACAAGGUUCUCAAGGAAAGCCAGAGUUUAAGGUGGAAGGUCCUGUCUGGAGAGCUGGUAAACUUUACAGGUUAGAGGCAGUUAAGGAUGUCCAUAUCCUUGAAUUAAGGUGGGCUCUGCCUUGUCUUUUGCAAGCGUAUCUGAAGAAACCAGAAGAUUAUCUGGCUCAUCUUCUUGGUCAUGAGGGCAAAGGAAGCCUGCAUUACUUUCUCAAAGCUAAAGGAUGGGUAACCUCUCUAUCUGCUGGUGUUUCAGACGAUGGAAUGCAGCGAUCCUCUGUUGCUUAUAUCUUUAGCAUGUCCAUCUAUCUUACAGAUUGUGGUUUGGAAAAGAUAUUUGACAUCAUUGGUUAUGUUUAUCAAUAUCUUAAAUUAUUGCGUCAACUUUCCCCCCAAGAAUGGAUAUUUAAGGAGCUGCAGGAUAUGGGAAACAUGGACUUCCGUUUUGCUGAGGAAGAACCUCAGGAUGAUUAUGCUGCAGAGCUUGCAGAAAAUUUGCUUGUUUAUCCACCAGAACAUGUUAUCUAUGGAGACUAUGUCUUUGAGUUCUGGGAUGAGGAAAUGAUAAGAAAGAUUCUUGGUUACUUCACUCCCAAAAACAUGAGAGUUGAUGUUGUAUCAAAAUUCUUCAAAUCACAAGAUGUCCAGUUGGAGCCCUGGUUUGAAUCACAUUAUUCUGAGGAAGAAAUUUCUUCAUCUUUGAUGGAAUUAUGGGAAGAUCCCCCAGAAAUUGAUGUUUCAUUGCAUCUGCCUUUGAAAAAUGAGUUCAUUCCAUGUGAUUUCUCCAUUCGAGCUGACACUGCAGAAAUCAAUUCUGCAAAUGAAACAUUGCCUAUAUGCAUUUUUGAUGAACCAUUGAUGAAGUUCUGGUACAAGCUUGAUCGUACUUUCAAACUUCCUCGGGCAAAUACAUAUUUUCGGAUUAAUCUAAAAGGGGCAUACCGUACUUUGAAGAGUUGUUUGUUGACUGAACUUUAUAUUCACCUCCUUAAGGAUGAGCUCAAUGAGAUUAUAUAUCAGGCCAGUAUUGCCAAGCUUGAAACUUCAGUGGCAAUGUCCGGUGACAAGUUAGAGCUGAAGCUUUAUGGAUUCAAUGAUAAGCUUCCUGUUCUCUUGGGAAAAAUUUUGGCAAUCACAAACUCUUUUCUGCCUACAGAUGACCGUUUUAAGGUUAUUAAGGAGAACAUGGAGAGAACUUUAAGAAACUCUAACAUGAAGCCUCUAAGUCACUCAUCCUACUUGAGACUGCAGAUUUUAUGCAAGAGUUUUUAUGAUGUUGACGAGAAGCUUUCUUCUCUAAAUGACAUUUCUCUAUCCGAUUUGAGGGCCUUUAUUCCUGAGCUCCGUUCCCAGAUUUAUAUUGAGGGCCUUUUCCAUGGUAAUUUGUUAGAAAAAGAAGUAGUUGACAUAUCAAAUAUCUUCAAAAGCAACUUUUCUGUACAACCGAUGCCAGUCACAAUGAGACAUAGGGAGCAAGUGAUAUGUUUUCCCUCUGGUGCCAACUUUGUGAGAGAUGUCAGUGUAAAGAAUAAAUUUGAAACGAACUCAGUGCUCGAGCUUUAUUUCCAAAUUGAGCCUGAAGGAGAGGUGGAAGCAGUAAAAUUGAAGGCUUUGAUAGAUCUCUUUGAUGAAAUUGUGGAAGAACCGCUUUUUAAUCAGCUAAGGACAAAGGAGCAACUUGGUUAUGUUGUUGAAUGUAGCCCACGAGUGACCUAUCGGGUUUAUGGCUUUUGUUUCUGUAUUCAGUCUUCCAAGUAUAGUCCGGUUUACUUGCAGGAGAGAACAGACAACUUCAUAAACAGCUUGGCAGAUUUGUUGGCAGGCCUUGAUGAUGAAUCGUUUGAGAGUUAUAGGAGUGGACUAACAGCUAAGCUGCUGGAAAAAGAUCCAUCCCUCUUAUAUGAAACCAAUCGCCUUUGGAAUCAGAUUGUUGAUAAUAGGUACAUGUUUGACUUAUCAAAGGCGGAAGCAGAGGAACUCAGAAGCAUCCAAAAGGCAGACAUUGUGAACUGGUAUAAGACGUAUUUGCAAGAACCAUCUCCUAAAUGUCGAAAACUUGCAGUUCGUGUAUGGGGAUGCAACACCGACAUAAACGAGGGUGAAAGUGGAACAGAUUGUUUGCAGCAGCAGCACAUUAAAGACCUUGCAGCCUUCAAGAUGUCAUCCAAGUACUAUCCGAGCUUUUGUUAAAUGUAAAGCUAAUUGCUGUUUGGGCGGAACCAAAAGAAAAGGCAAAUUACGCUGAAAAAGUAUACAAUUACUGAUCGUAUGGUCCACUGGCCGCUUGGACGAUGAAAAGAUGGCUGUGGGAACGACAACAACAACGAUAUUCAAAGGAAUGUUGGUGACAGACCAAAUUGGUGGAUUCAUAGAUAUAGUAGUAUAGCAUUUAAACCUAUUUUAACAUUAAUUGGAUUAUGUAUUCUCAUUAAAUUUGGAUUAAUUGCAAAGAUAUGAUACUUUGUGGUGAUA